AUGCUAGGUAUGUUCUAUUUACAGCUCCAGGCAUUUGAUUUCGACCCAAAAUACAAUUAUGAUUAUACGAAACCUGAUGUACCUGCAGAACUAAUGCACGGUAGUCUUCCGCACUAUUUACCUAUUGGUUGGUUUCGUCAUGCACUCAAAGUUGAUAAUAAAUAUAAAUAUGGUUCAACUUGGCUUGGCUCUAGCAAUGGUCCAGGAGAAUGGCCAGUCGCUUUCCAUGGUACGAAGUCAAGAGCCGUAAAAAGUAUUACAGAUCAAGGUUUGCGCUAG